AUGUUGCCCAGAUUUGGUCGACUUGUUACGCAAACCUCAAAGCUUCGAUCUUUGAACACAAAUGGAUCGACGAAGAAUCUCUCCCUUUUCUCCUCGCGAUAUGGAUACGCGGCUGUAGCUCCAGCGGCUGAUGCUCCGCCACAGAAGGAUUUCCCCAGCAAAUCUCCGAUAAACUUGGAUAAGAUGUUUUGGUCAAAGCCAUGUUCAUUGGCUCUGCCCAAAGACUCUCCUCUCAGAAUCGAUGAGCCAGACUAUGAAGGGAUUCGUCGUUUGAUACUAAAGCUGCUUUUGUUCUAUAGCAAACAGAGCAUAUCUAUCCGUGGGGCAAACGUGAUUUACAAGCGAAUCAUUGCACAAGUUGAUAAACCCGCAAUAUAUGAUGUAUUCAACUUGGAGAAAACAUUCAAAAUAACGUUCUCGUUGCUUGUCCUUCAUAUGUGGCUUGUUUUACGCCGCUUGAAGGAAGAUGGACAAGAAGGUGUUGAUCUUGGUCAACAUGUGUAUGAGAUCUACAAUCAUGAUGUGGAACUCAGGGUAUCUAAAGCCGGGGUUAACUUGCUGCUGUCCAAGUGGAUGAAGGAACUGGAGAGAAUCUUUUAUGGAAAUGUUGUUGCCUAUGAUGCUGCGCUACUUCCAGAAGCUAAACCAAAUGAGCUACAAAUCAAAAUAUGGAGGAACAUAUUUUCUGAUGAUGGAGUAACAACACCUGAUGACACGGAUUUGAAAGCAGCAAAGGCUAUGGCAAGAUAUGUCCGGAGAGAAGUUGGUUCUCUUUCUUUAACAGAUAAAGAGUCCAUAUUCUCUGGCAAUUUCUCCUUCACCCCGUUGGAGAACAAAGCCCCUUCAGCUCGCGGCCGCGCGGCACGACCCACAUACUGCGGCCGACCCAUCCGUCCGACAGGAAGGCUUCGUCCCGCGACCGGCCAAGAUUCAUCCGCCAAAACUUAUCCAUCCGUCCGACCCCGUCGGCCGAACACGAAAAUUCUCGGCCACGAUCGUUCCGACCGUGCCGAUAGCCGACUACGACCCGAUGACCGGCCGACCGUCCCGACCGACCGUCCGAACGGUCCGAUCGACCCGAAGCCCGUUUUGAAGCCCGUUUCACACGUUUUCACAGCCCGGCUUGACCUAAUGCCGCCUCUGAAGACCUAG